AUGUUUUUCAGCCCAUGGAAAAAGUGUGGCGGCAGUGUUCUACUUCCCUUCAAAAUUCGAUAUAAGAACAGCAAGGCAUCGUCGAGGUACAAGCUUCCGCCUGUUCCUAAGGAGAAGGCUGUCAAGGAGUUCAAAAGAAUAAAACCAAAGAUCACAGAAGAAGUACCUCCAGACGAGAAGUCCGACAAACCUGCACCAGAUGACGUUUGGAACACUCGAUACUUCCCGACUGCCAAGUUUAGUUUUUUGGAAGCUAUAAAUAGACACAGGGAAUUUGCAAGUCCUGAGAUGAUUGAUAACAUGGAGGGUGUGGUUAUCUUAGAGGCGGAGCUUGACUUGACCACAAAGAAGAAAACAAAGUUUUUGGGUGCACCAGAGGGCAUUAUAUUGCUUCCUCAUAAUUUUGAUAACUUUCUUCCUGGUAGAGUUAUUGCCAUUACCAAGACAGAUGAGGACAAGAGCAAAGCUGAAGCAGCCGGGGCAACAUACACCGGCAGCCUUGACCUUAUCAGAAAGUUAGAGAGAGGGGAGAUAAAGGGAGAGGAUUAUGAUCACGUGGUUCUGAACAAUGACAUGCUGGUUGAGGCAGCCAUACUUAAAAAAAUCCUGAAAGAUCAAUUUCCUACCAAGAAAAAUGGCAAUCUCGGCUCUGAUGUCGAGGGCAUGGUCAAGCUGUAUGCUGACGGCAAAGAAUAUCAAGGCAGCAAGCUCUCAGAUGCUAUUGGGACGUUUACGUUUCCAAUUGGCAAAGUGAGUUUUGUUGAAUCUGGUGGCCUCUUCGCGAAAAUCAUCCUCACCUGCCCGCCUUCGAAGGAAAUGUUCCAUGUGGAUGACGUCACCAUUUUACCCAUCCCUACCGUGGCCAAGGAGGGGGCUGGUACUAAGUCCGGAAAAUUAGGGAUGACGUCAUUGUCGUCAGCUAGUGCUGCUGCCGCCGAGGAGUCGGAUGAUGCAGAAGGCAGAAAGAGAAGCAAAGAUGAUGACGACGAUGAUGGAGAUGGCGAUGAAAAGAGAGCUAGAAGGACUGAAGAACUAGAGGAAGAGUUGCGAGCAGAACGAUCGGCCAGGAAAUGGGCUGAAAAACAAAAAACCGAAAUGCAACGAGAGCUAGAAAUCUUGACCGAGCAUCUUGAAGAGGCGACGGCUGGAGGCGUAGGGAACGCGGCCACAGGGGCUGAAGUUAUCAGAAAGAAGGACAUUGAAAUCCAGAAGUUGCAGAAAGAUCUGGAAGAAUCGCAAGCUCAAAUUGAGACGCAGGUCAAUUUGUUUAGAAGGAAGCAGCAGGAUGCCCUGAGCGAGUGCGCCGAGCAGAUAGAAAUGUUGCAGAGGGCCAAACAGAAAUCUGAUAAAGAGAAAAACCAAAUGAAAAAUGAAGUGGACGAGCUGACUGCCCAACUAGAGAAUAAUGUCAAAUUAAAUAAGAUAGCCGAUCUACAAAAAGAGCUUAACGAAUCAGCUCAACAAAGGGCCAGGUUUCAAAGUAGUAACGCUGAUUUAAUGAGAAGAGUUGAAGAACUGGAGACACAGGUCAGCCAAUUGCAGAGAAUGAAACAAUCACUGACCCAGCAGUUGGAUGAAAGUAGGUUAAUGCUAGACGACGAAGGUCAACUGAGGUCAAAAGUUCAAGCAGAGUUCAAAGUUCUCCAGAAGCUAGACUCGGCGGAGAACAGCGGAGUUCAGCCGGAAGAGCUCGAGGAUCUUAGGCGAAAGCUAGGCGGGAAAAUUCAGGACAGUGAGGCGCAACUGGAGGCCGCUCUUUCCAAGCUGUUAACUGUUGAGAAAGUUAAAUCCAGGCUUCAGAUCGAGUUGGAAGCUGUUGCUGGUGAUCUCGAAAAGUCUCAGUCGAUAAGUCUACAGCUUGAAAAAAAGUUGAGGCAGUUGGAGAAGGCAUGCGAUGAGUGGAAGAAAAGGGUCCUGGAGUUGCAAGGUGAUUUGGAGAAGUGCCAGAAAGAUGACAAGCAACAUUCAAUGGAAGUCCAAAAGAUGAGAUGUUUGGUUGAGGAGAGUGCAGAUAUUAUCGAAAAUCAGAAGAAAGAUAACAAACGAUUGAAUGGUGAAUUAGAGCGAGAAGAUUUACAAGCUAAGCUAGAAGAUAGCCACAUAUUGCUGCAGCAAGAGACAGCUAAGACUCAGCGGUCCUUAGUUGAUUUAGCUGGACUGAAAGCUGACUAUGAGAAGAAGUUAGCCGAAAAAGAUGAAGAACUUGAUACGCUGAGAAAAAACCAUCAGCGAACCCUGGAAGACAUUCAGUUGGGUUUCGAAAGUGAGUGUAAUAUAUUUGGAUGUGAUUGUCUUGCUACAAACAAUGCAGUAACAGCUACAUUAAAUGCUACUAUCACUAACGAGUUUGACAUCAACAACAUCAACAACAACAACAACAUCAACAACAACAUCAACAACAACAUCAACAACAAAAUCAACAACAACACCAACAGAUACAAAAAGAAAUUGGAGCAAGACGUAGUGGAGUUAGAAGCGGCCUUAGAAGGUAGCAACAAAUCUCGUGUGGAUGUUGAAAAAAAUUUCAAAAGGUUUCACCAACAGACCAAAGAGUUGCAGGCUCUCCUGGAAGAGGAACAACAGAACGCUCAAGAAGCCAGAGCAGAACUGGCAGCUGCCGAACGAAAAGUGGCCUCACUGACGAUGGAGGUUGAGGAUUUGAGGGCGCAUCUCGAGGCCGCCGAUAAAGAGUUCAAGGUCAUACAGGGUGAACUCCACGAGGCGGUUGAAAGGGUGGCCGACGCUUCCAACGCCAACUCAACCCUGGUUAACCUAAAGAGAAAAUUAGAAGCUGAGAUACAAGCCCUGCACAAUGAACUAUCGGAGAGGACAGGGGACAUGAGAAGUUUGGAGGAGAGGGCGAAGAAAUCUGCUGCUGAUGCUUCGAGACUAGCAGACGAAUUGAGGCAGGAGCAAGAACACGGGGAGCAACUUGAAAGGUCAAAGAGGACGUUGGAAGGUCAUUUGAAAGAUUUUCAAAGCAGGCUCGAGGAGACAGAGAACGCCGCCAUGCAGGGGGGUCAAGGCUAUGAGAAGACAGGAGCGAAGAAUGAAAGAGAAGAAGUAGCCUCACUAAAUCUCUCAAAAUUCAAAAAACUGCACCAAGAAAUGGAGACAGCCCUGGAGAGACUGGACAUGUCCUCUGACGGUGGCUACGGAUUUUUAAGAGGGGGCAAGGGCAGUAGAGCCAGUUCGGUCGCUCCGGAUGGUGCCAUAGCCACUAUGAGAGUAUCCAGGGCUCUGAGGGCCUCUUCUGAAGUCAAUUAUUGA